CAGCAUACAAACUACUGAAGAAGAAGAACAUAUGGAGGUGCGGGAAACAUGAACACGACGCUUUAAGGUGCAUUAUGGGCUCAUCUCUGCCUUCUGUUGCUGAGCAGCUUUUAAAAGACCUUCAGAGAACUUACUCAGAGACAAACCAGAUACCAGAUGAUCUACUAAUAGCAUUGCGGUUUGUGUUCGGCUCAUGUGCUCUUCAGGCCCUCGACCUGGUGGACCAGCGCUCCGUCACAUGCGUAUCAUCACCUAGCGGUCGAAAGGCAUUUCAGGUAUUAGGUGGAUCAAGGCGUCUGUACACGUGCUUCACGUCCUGUCACUACUGCCCAUGCCCAGCCUUCUCUUUCUCUGUGCUCAGGAGAAACGAGAGCCUGAUGUGUAAGCACCUCCUGGCUGCUUGCCUGAGUCAGGCCAUGGGUUUGUGCCAGCAGGAGCAGGUCUCAGAUCAGCAGAUGACCCACAUUCUCUCAGGGCAAACUGAGGCCACCACAUAAAUAACUGAUCCUGGAGUAGAGAGAGACUCUGAUAAGAACACCCAUGCAGGAAUUCAGAUAUUUAUAGACAUUAUGCAUUAGAAUGGACACGUCUUCUGUAAAUUCUGCAUUUGAAUUAAAACCAAGUAUGUUUUAUUUAAUAAGAGGUGAUCUUAUGUAAAAUGUUAAAGAUUGCUGUGAAAGUUAAUAAAUAAGCAAAGC